CGCGCCCCGGGGCCGUGCCCGAGGGCGCCGGGGCCCGGGCAGCGGGAGCAGGAGCCGCAGCCCGACCGGGAUGAGAAGGUGACGCCGCCGGAGGGCGCCACUCGCUUUGUUGGGGGGGAAGAUGCUGGCCUACUGCGUGCAAGAUGCCACGGUGGUGGACGUGGAGAAGCGGAGGAACCCCUCCAAGCACUACGUAUACAUCAUCAACGUGACCUGGUCCGACUCCACAUCCCAGACCAUCUACCGGAGGUACAGCAAGUUCUUUGACCUGCAGAUGCAGCUUUUGGAUAAGUUUCCCAUUGAAGGUGGCCAGAAGGAUCCCAAGCAGAGAAUCAUCCCCUUCCUUCCAGGCAAGAUCCUCUUCCGGAGAAGCCACAUCCGGGAUGUAGCUGUGAAGAGGCUGAAGCCCAUCGACGAGUACUGCCGGGCACUUGUCCGGCUGCCUCCCCACAUUUCGCAGUGCGAUGAAGUCUUUCGGUUCUUUGAGGCCCGACCAGAGGAUGUCAACCCUCCGAAAGAAGACUAUGGCGGUUCCAAGAGGAAGUCAGUGUGGCUCUCCAGCUGGGCUGAGUCUCCCAAGAAGGACGCGACAGGUGCCGACACCAACGCCGAGCCCAUGAUCCUGGAACAGUACGUGGUGGUGUCCAACUAUAAGAAGCAGGAGAACUCGGAGCUGAGCCUCCAGGCCGGGGAGGUGGUGGAUGUCAUCGAGAAGAACGAGAGUGGCUGGUGGUUCGUGAGCACCUCGGAGGAGCAGGGCUGGGUCCCUGCCACCUACCUGGAGGCCCAGAAUGGUACUCGGGAUGACUCCGAUAUCAACACCUCUAAGACUGGGGAAGUGUCCAAGAGACGCAAGGCCCAUCUGCGGCGUCUGGAUCGCCGGUGGACCCUGGGCGGGAUGGUCAACAGGCAGCACAGCCGAGAGGAGAAGUACAUCACUGUGCAGCCGUACACCAGCCAAAGCAAGGAUGAGAUUGGCUUUGAGAAGGGCGUCACUGUGGAGGUGAUCCGGAAAAAUUUGGAGGGCUGGUGGUACAUCAGGUACCUGGGCAAAGAGGGCUGGGCACCAGCCUCCUACCUGAAGAAAGCCAAGGAUGAGCUGCCGGCGCGCAAGAAGAAUCUCGCAGGCCCUGUGGAGAUCAUCGGGAACAUCAUGGAGAUCAGCAACCUGCUGAACAAGAAGACAUCAGGGGAUAAGGAGACUCCACCAGCAGAGGGCGAGGGCCCUGAGGCCCCCAUCACCAAGAAGGAGAUUAGCCUGCCCAUCCUCUGCAAUGCCUCCAAUGGCAGCGCCCUGGGCGUCCCUGAGAGGAGCAUCUCCAAGCUGGCCCAGGGCUCGCCAGCUGUGGCUAGGAUUGCCCCACAGAGGGCCCAGAUCAGCUCCCCAAACCUAAGGACAAGGCCUCCACCUCGCAGAGAAUCCAGCCUGGGGUUCCAGCUGCCGAAGCCGCCAGAGCCCCCUUCUGUCGAGGUGGAGUAUUACACCAUUGCCGAAUUCCAGUCGUGCAUCUCUGACGGGAUCAGCUUUCGGGGUGGACAGAAGGCGGAGGUCAUCGAUAAGAAUUCGGGCGGUUGGUGGUAUGUGCAGAUCGGUGAGAAGGAGGGCUGGGCCCCUGCAUCAUACAUCGAUAAGCGCAAGAAGCCCAACCUGAGCCGCCGUACGAGCACACUGACUCGGCCCAAGGUACCCCCCCCAGCACCUCCUAGCAAGCCCAAGGAGGCCGAGGAGGGGCCAGUGGGCUCCACGGAGAGCCAGGACUCCCCCCUGAAGCUCAAGUACGAGGAGCCUGAGUAUGACAUCCCUGCCUUUGGCUUCGACUCAGAGCCGGAGCUGAGUGAGGAGCCCACGGAAGACAGUGGCUCGGGAGACCGGCGGCCUGCCCAGAGCCACAAGCCCUCACCUGCCUCCUCGCUGCAGCGGGCCCGCUUUCGGGUGGGCGGCUCCUCGGAGGAUGUGGCCCUGGAGGAGGAGACCAUCUAUGAGAACGAGGGCUUCCGGCCAUGUGCAGAGGACACCCUGUCAGCCAGACGCUCCUCCCGGGACAGUGACUCCCCCGGAGGCUCCCCUCUCUCCCUUGCCCGGAAAAACUCCCCCAAAUCAGGCUCCCCCAAAUCGUCAUCACUCCUGAAGCUCAAGGCGGAGAAGAACGCCCAGGCAGAACUGGGGAAGAACCACUCCUCGGCCUCCUUUUCCUCGUCCAUCACCAUCAAUACCACCUGUUCCUCCUCCUCCUCCUCUUCCUCCUUAUCCAAGAACAGUGGCGACCUGAAGCCCCGUUCUGCCUCGGACGCAGGCAUCCGUGGCACCCCCACGGUCGGACCAAAAAGGGAUGCCGACCUGAAGGCUGGGCCAACCUCAUGUGCCCGGGCCAAGCCAUCAGUCCGGCCCAAGCCGUUCCUGAGCCGAGCAGAGUCCCAGAGCCAAGAGAGGAUGGACAUCAGCACUUUACGGCGCCAGUUGAGACCCACAGGCCAGCUCCGGGGCGGCCUCAAGGGCUCGAAGAGUGAGGAUUCAGAGCUGCCCCCGCAGACAGGCUUCGAAGGCCCCGGCGAGGGCUCCCGAAGAGGCUCUGCGGACCUCAUUACACCCCCAGCCGCCACACCCCCAUGUCCCGCCAAGAAGGGACGAGAAGGGCAGGCCACCUCCUACACGACGUGCAGCGCCUACCAGAAGGUCCAGGACUCAGAGAUCAGCUUCCCCGCGGGCGUGGAGGUGCAGGUACUCGAGAAGCUGGGAAGCGGCUGGUGGUACGUGAGAUUUGGGGAGCUGGAGGGCUGGGCCCCCUCCCACUAUUUGGUGCUUGGUGAGGAUGAGCAGCCCGACUCCUCUGGCAAAGAGCCAGACCCUGGAAGCGCCAAAAGCAAGCAGAAUGAGGGCAAGUCAGACAGCCUGGAAAAGAUCGAGAAGCGGGUCCAAGCGCUGAACACAGUCAACCAGAACAAGAGGGCCACGCCGCCCAUCCCCUCCAAGCCCCCAGGGGGCUUCAGCAAGACCUCGGCAGCCGGGGCAGUGAAGAUGAGGAACGGAGUGCGGCAGGUGGCAGUCAGGCCCCAGUCGGUGUUCGUAUCCCCACCACCCAAGGACAACAACCUGUCCUGCGCCCUGCGGAGGAACGAGUCACUGACAGCCACCGAUGGCCUCCGAGGCGUCCGCCGGAACUCCUCCUUCAGCACUGCGCGCUCCGCUGCUGCGGAGGCCAAGAGCCGCCUGGCCGAACGGGCUGCCAGCCAGGGCUCGGACCCACCUCUGCUGCCCGCCCAGCGCAACGGCAUCCCCGUGUCCCCUGUGCGCCCCAAGCCCAUCGAGAAGUCCCAGUUCAUCCACAACAACCUCAAAGACGUGUAUGUCUCCAUUGCGGACUAUGAGGGGGAUGAGGAGACAGCAGGCUUCCAGGAGGGGGUGUCCAUGGAGGUCCUGGAGAGGAACCCCAACGGCUGGUGGUACUGCCAAAUCCUGGAUGGGGCGAAGCCCUUCAAAGGCUGGGUGCCCUCCAACUACCUGGAGAAAAAGAACUAACGGUGGGGGGGCGCAUGGGUCCUCCCGGCCUUGGUGUGGAUGAGCGGUGAGGUGAAGACCAAGGGGAAAGGGAAACUGGGAGGGGGUGGGGGGCCAGCGGUAAGCCCUGCAGAAUGCGUGACCUCAGAGAUGCUCCCCUCUGGGCUGCCUCCCAGCUGGCAGGUAAGGUCUGGCGGCGGCCCACACUGAGCAGGGAAGCGAACGGGCAGGGGAGCACCAGGUCUGAAGCGAGGCAGAAGCGAGGAAGCUAAGCCCCACGCGGGCACCUCGGUGACUUGGCUGAUGGACCUGGCACCGUUUGGGACAGGCCCCGCAGGAACUCCCAACUGUGCCUUGGCUGCAAAUCUGGAAAAGAUGUGAUGGCGGGGGCCUCCCGUGCCCUGCCCCUACCCAGCCUGCUUUCUGUUGCUAGCACCUUGCCACCGGAGGUAGCGCUUGUAUCACCCUAAACCUGUAUUUGUGAAUUGUGCUGGUUUCCUCCGGGACCGUCACCACCCACCCACCUCGGUGGCUCUGGGGCUGGGAAGGCGUCUCCUGGGAGCUCAGCCUGCCCCGGGGCCAGGCCACAGUCAGUGUCUGUUGGGUGAAGGAAAAGCAGUUCUGCAGGUGCCAGAGAGGAUCACCCUGCUUACCCGACACCGUCCCUGGCCUUGAGGAGAGAGUCUGCCCGGCCUGGGGCAUCCUGUCCGUGUUGGACCAGCAGCCCCAGAGUUUACAGAGAGGGUGGGCAAAGCCGUCAGUCUCUUCACCAUCUGCACAGACUUUAUUUGGGGCGUUAUUGGGUGGGCAAUUCUUUUGCAUGUUUUGGGAGAGUUUUAUUGAUUUGGGGCUUCUGUGUCAGCCCUUGGGUUUUGGUCUUAUUUUAGGGGUUGUUUGGGGGCCGGAGGGCGGUCAGCCUCAUGGGGGACAGGAUAAUGAGCAGAUGGGGCUUUUCUGUUGUGCUCUCACGGGGAGGUUGGUGGUUUCGUUUGCGUUUCCCUUUCUCUCCCUCCACGAGCCGAAGUCCUUUCCUUUGGUUUCCACUGUUGCGGACAAUACCCGGGCUGAAGGCCCGGGUCCCAGACUUGGCAGAGCAGAGAUGCCUCAGCGGGGGGCAGAACCGUCCCCAGGAGGGAGGAGGGGCUCAUCCAGAAGAGGCAGCACUCAAGCUGCUGGGUGACCGCCGUUCUGCAUAUGUUCUCCCGCCCGGGCAGGAACUGGAGAAGUACCCAGCACCCCCACCGAGGGCCAAGGGGACCCCAGAUGGGCCAGUCACCACAAGCCACCCCCUGCCUACACCUGAUGCCACAGGUACCCGGAAAGAUGGAGGACCCCAGGCUGGGAGCCGCUCUGGCCUUCCCAGAGUACAGUGCCCCCGUGAAGAGAGGAGAGAAUAAAGUCCCUGUCAACUUUGGUUGUGUCUUUCAAUUGUUGACGUUUCAGAGGGGACCCUCUGGAAGCCUUGGCUUCCCCAAGGACUCCCCCUGUGCUGGGAGUGGAAUUCCACACGUGCCUUGACUGUGGACAGAUCGGGCUUCACAGCCACCAGCUCAGCUGCCAGAGGCCUGGACUAAGGGUUGGUGUUUUCUACAAAGGAGGAAAGGCCUUCCCUGUACCCCUGCCCCCCACCCAGGCAGUGUAUGUUGCCUGAAGAUCGGCUCGAGACCCUGUGUUCCGUGCCUGAUGCCCCACCCGCCCCCACAUCCCCAAGGCCUCGCCUGGGCAUCUCCCCGGCCCUCCUCCCUCCUGUACACUGAUGCCUGGCAGCUACAGCAGACUGCUCCUGUUCUUUGUUGAAGGGCCGUGGUGAGAUUUUGUUUCCUUUUGUUUUGUUUGUGAGUUUAAAAUUGAAAUUAGUUAAUUUUCUUCUGCUGGACAGUAUUAAAUAGAGCAGGAUAUUGAGUUAAUCUGCUAGGUUGCAGUACUAAUGGUAGUGGUUUAGUGUCUUCAUAUUAAUAUUAUUUGGACUUAUUUGAACAAUAAUGAUAAAGAAGUGGUUCAUUAUUUUUUAAUUAAUGCACUUUAAUAAGGUGGAAUGGAAAGAAACCCAGAGAGCAAAGUGCAUUACUUAAAGAUGCAGUAUAUACUUUUCUCAUUUUUAAGCAGCACAUAUUUAUUAAAAGAAAAAGAAGUAAUUUAUGAUUAUUUAAAAUAAAAUUUAAAAGUAGAGUGACUAUUGGGUGAAAGGACCUUCCAUGUAGCUGUCUUCCAGGGGGAGGGCCCCAGCGGCCUCGUUCCUCCAAUGUCUGCACUGAGCCAGUUCAAUCAGUAACGUGCCAGCCAGGCCAGGAGGGAGUGCAGGACACAUCUGCCAAGCACAGAGCAUCUCAGUUGGGACUGGACCACGGUGUUCCCCAGAGCCUGCCUUUCCCUGCCCUUCCUCACUGUCUGCACUGCCCCCCGGGGCUCUCCAGCACCCAUGCUCCCCCAGGACCCUCUCUCCUUAAUCCCCAGUGCUCUAAGUGAUAGUCAUUCCAUAUGACCUCGAAAGUCACUCCAUCCCAUUCCCUCUUUCACUGCAGCCCAAGGACAGGAAAUUACUUUCCAGAACCACGUAGCUAGUUCAUGGCUCCAAUCCUUGCACCCCACUGCACCAAUCCUUGCGCUCCUUCCCAUCCCCAUUGUAGUUUAUCAAAUGGUCAUCAUGUUUACAUUGUGACAUCCAGCCCCCUGAGGACGGCUGGGAGUUGCUCAGGCCUCUAAGGAAAAGUGGGGAAUGCUGCCACCUGGUGACAGCAUGUAGAUUUGGGCAGUGACUAGGGAUUGCCAUACCCCACCUUCGCACCUCACCCCCUCAUCACGCCCUGACUCCCAACACAACACAAACCCUGCAAACCCAAAGAUAAUAUGAAUACUUGAAGCAAGAAGGGUGCAUGCCAGUCCCUCUCAGACAUGCCAGGGGAUGCCAGGCCUGGUGCCCCUGGACUCCUAGCCCCACCCUGGGCAAGAGGGCCUUUCCCUAGAGCUACUGAGCUGCUUUGUGAUGUUGGAGGGUAGUACCGCCAGCAGCAGGUGGAGGAGGGAGGGCCCUGUGGCUCUGACCCAUCUGGAGGAAAACCACCAGAUCGGACAAAAAAAAAAAAAAGGAAAAAGAAAAAUGAAAUCUCAGCAGUGUCCAAACCCAGUUUCCCAUUAGUUGCGAUUGAAAAUGUGAAAUGGCAUUGUAUUGCUGUAUACUGCAACUUUAACCAUAAUGAGCCCUUCUGAGGUCAUUAUUGAGCUUUAUAUAAUGCCCGAAGAUGCAUCAUUUGGUGCUUUUUCUUUCAGCUUAAAGACUUUUUUUCUUUCAUUACAAGGGGAAAAAAAAGUCUUCAUCUCUCUCCCACUUUCAAACAGUGGGCCUGGCUGGGGUCCCUGGGCCUGCCACGCUGUUCCCACUGGGCCAAGGGACCUCGGGGGAAGCGAGAGAGAGCCAGGAGGGGUGGCCGUGGCGGGGCCCUGUCUUGCCAUCCAGCCUCUGCCCUCCACCCCUCGCCUGCCCUCAGAGGCUUCUCCUUCUUCCUCUCGAUUCUCCAUCUUGACGAAGGCAUUAUAUAGAACCGUUUUAAUCACUUUCAGAUGUUAGAGCAGCAUAUCUUACUGGUAUUUGUAUCCAUCGCUUUCCUCAGCAAGGCAUGUUACUACUUUUAUCGUCUAAGGAAAAGAGACAAGGGAAUUUCGGUUGAGCAUUAUUUUCAUAUUACUAGUAUUUGCAGAGUAGGCGUAGAACUAUUUAAGUUUAGACAUUGUUUUGGUAGUUUAUUUUAGGGGAAAAAAAAAGUAGCCCCUAUUUUUCCUGGUUUUUUUUUUUUUUUUUUGUAUUUAACUAAUAUAUUAUUUCUUUAAGGUUACUCACUUCCCCUUCCUCUCCCAAUACUUUGCAUUCUCAAUCGAAAAUGAAAACAAUCUGAGAGACAGGAAAGUGCAAUAUUAUCGAGGGCUGCAAGGGCCUGUUGGGACAGUGGCGGGAGGCCUGGUGGCCCCGUGUGUCAGUGGGAGGAGGCGGGGCUGCUGGAAGGGAGCCAUAGCUUUGGAGCAGACAGGUGACCUUCUGGAUAUUGAUCUUUUGCCCCCCCGCCCCCCAGCAAGGUGGCAGGGCUCCCUCCCAGAGGGCAGCCCCUUCUUCUGUUGGGUGUCCUCCGCCCAGGAGGGAUUCAGGGAUGAGGCAUGGGGCUCUUGACCUCCCGGGGCCCCAGCCCUCGGAGCAGAGCAAGGACAUCCAGGAACGGUUCCUUGUUUUCAUUUCCAUUGUUUUUCAGCCAGCUGCCCAGAAAGGCCGGUCUCAAAAAGUCACUCCCAGCAGCCUUCUCUCACCCCAGUCUCCUGAUGUUUGGGCCAUGAUCCUUUUGAUGUGUGUUUGAAUCUUUCUAAAACUAUGUAACCUCAGUUCAGUUUAUGGGCAGGAACCCUUAAUGUAACCAAAUCCUUUUUCAGGGAUAUGUGGGUGCCUUGAGCCCUACAUACCCCAGUGAGACACCAGUUCCCACAAGCCUGCAGCUAGGCCUGGUGCUAAGCUUGGGCCACCCAUUCAUCUCAAGGACUUCAGCCUGAGGAGUGAGCCCUGCCUCUUGCUUAAUUAACACCUGACAGUUCCCAGAGGGCCUGAGAGAAGCAUCUAAGGGGCCUACUCAGGUCUCUGUAGACAGCUUCCCACAGUGGGUAACUGAGCUGGCCUCUUCCUCACCUGGCGCUGGUCGAGAAAGCAGCAGGAUGGGAAGUCUCUGGGUCCAAGCCCUUGGAGCUCUGCCCUUCGGGGCUCCAGGGACGUCCUCGCAGGCUUGUCCUCUCCAUCUCCAGUACUGUAUGCUUGCUGCUCCAACCCCUCCGUUUGCUGAAUUUCUGUACAAAUAUGGAUCUGUGUGCCCCAAGUGGGACUGUGCCCCCGUGUGUGGGUGUCUCUCCUUGGAGUGUAUACAUCUAUGUGUCCAAUCUUUGAGAAUCUCGAUACAGAGCUCUCUGGAAAGAGAAUCAUCCACAUUGCUGAAGAAUUAAGAUUCCCUCAUUUUUUUUGAGGGCUGUGUGUUGAGAGAGUGAGUGAGUGUGUGUGUGUUGGUAAUUUCCCACUUGAACUAAAUAGCACGGGGUUAGAGAAUAAACACCGGGCAAGCUGUCUCCAUUUUACAAGUCCUUGGCAUUGGGCAGGUCCCAUGAGACUCGCAGCUUCUGGCAGCAAGUGUGUGUUACUCACACGUAAUUCUGGCUGGAGAGUGCAAUGUGUCUUUUUUUUUUUUUUUUUUUUGUAAUUAUUUUAUUAUUUUGUUGGAAACUUCACACUGGCAUUAACAGAUCUAGCAGAAGCAGCCUAGGCCAUCAUCCCGGGCUCCAAAAUGAAGAUGCGGUUGGACUGGGUCACCACCUACAGAUGUGCUGUCCGGCAGGCCGACCCCGCCCGCUGCCAUGCAUGUUAUCACUGCGGGAGUCCCCAGGUAGUAAGAGCCACUAGCCCUCAGUUCUUGUGUUUCUGAGGGUGGUCAUGCUGCUUGGGGUGGGGAAGCCUGCUGCUCAUAGGUCGGUAGACCCGCAUGUGCACGCACACCAGACUGCAGGCCCCAACUGGGCAUGUCACAGGAACAGUGGGGAGCGUAGGGGGGCCUUGACCUAACUGAGGUCUUUGCCUAAAUCGUGAUCCCUAUUUGAGGUGGCCUCAGUGGUUCUCAAGUUCUGUGACCAGAGACAGUGACAGGAUGAGGUUGCAGCCUUGUUUCAGGAAAAACAGCCUCCCUCUUACUUUGUCCUGUGCGCCUAGAUCCGCAGCCAGAAGUUGGGCUCACUGGUGCUCCCAGACCGAGUAGAGGGCUCUACUUUCUAAGGCUGUGAUCCCAACCUCCUAUUAGGUUAGGGUUACCAUGCAAUCUCCUUUCCCCAAUCCAAACUUUUGAAUCUUGGGUUUGCACUUGACCUUGACAAUCAGCCCCCUUCCCCAUCCCAGUCCUAGAACUUAGUGGCCUUAGAGAAUGGAUUUUGGAGAUGAAGGUUCCUCCUUUAGUUCCCAGUACCACCCUGGCUAAGGGCUGGGCCUCAGGAGGUGAAAGGAGGGAGAGAGCGCAUGUGAGAGAAUUGUUUUAAAGCAGAAGGGCGGCUCGAGCAUGUUGGAGGCAAGCGAGAGGCACGUUGGCGUGAUGCGUGUGUGCAUGUUUGGAGCAGCUGGGCGUACUGUCCCUUCCCUGGGAAGGCGGCUUCCAGAAGAGGAUGUCUUCUAGGCAGAAAGGGAAAAGUGUGAGAAGGCUGAGAGGAUUUGGAGGCUGGAGUUUAGUCUUUAUUCAAAAGAAGGAAGAAGUCAAUACUGAGUGUUUCGGGAGAAAGAGAACAGGUACAGAAGGAAUUUACUGUUUCAACACCCAAGGGUCCAGCCAGAACAGGUUGGAAAAGCCCUAAGAUUUGGCCACAGAAGAGGCUGACCCGAGGAAACAGCUACCUGCUGGGCCACAACCUGGGUCCUUAGGAUAUUGCUAAGGAACAGUCCUUGAUUUGCUCAGUGGGGACAGGAAAGUUGCUAGCAACAAAGCCAUCUUUGAGUUUGGAGGCUCUCACUCCAGAACAUUCUUCCAUCCCCUAGGUUCCCAGCAGGUUUUGCCCACAUCCCUUUGUCCAACCCAGAGCUAGCCUCUCAAAUUGCUCGAAUCGAUUAGAGACCAGUGAGCAUAAUGGAUUGUAUAGUAAUGACCCCCGCCCCCAAACUGGAAGCUCAGGGUCCAGAUCCCACCAAGCAUGUCUGGGAGGAAGGCAGCCUCAUCUUUUCUUCUGUUGACACCAGUAUUCGUGAGAAUCUCCACUGAUAGCCGUGGCUGCUCGGCCUGCUGAGUCACACCUCAGGUGUGACUCAGAAGACAAGGUGCCGUGCGCACUCCUCCACAGACAUGCCCUUCAUUUUCGGUGGCCUGGCACCAAGGUACCUUUCCAUAAGCACCUACUUCAGAGAAAGAAGGGUCAACAGAGCCACCUUUCUCAGAUCUGCAACUUGUUCUCUACAACAGGUUUUGGGGGUUUUGUUUUGUUUUGGUUUGGUUUUUUUUACCGGGACAUAGGAUGGAAAGAGGGUUUCACUGACAAUUCCUGAGAGGCCUGCAGGGAGGUGACUUAUGAAUGAAGAUGUGAGUGGCAGGUCCCUAAAGUGUGGUUUGUGGACUGCAUGGUUGCAUGUGAACUGCUGGAUGUCUCUGAGGCUCCAGAACUUUGGGGGGCUCUUCAUGGUGUCCACUUAAUCCCUCCCAGCUCCUAGCAGGCUCCGUGGGGUCAGCAGGGGGUUGCGUUCUCUUCUGCCCUUAGCAGAGAAACUGAAGGAAAGGACAUUGAACUCAGCGCAGUCAAUUUGAGUGCUAAAAAAUUUCCAGGAUCCAUGGUGGUGCUAAACUAUCUCCAUGUUUCUAAUAUUUUUAAUAGUUUUUUUUUUUUUUCCUCAUCACAAAAAUGCAGUGUCCUUGGGGAAGGGACCCAACCCCUUGGCCUGCCACUUUCCAGGUGUCCUAUAUCAUGCUGACGGGACUCUUUGGUCUGCAGAAAAUACUCUGUCUUGGCAUGCUUCUAGACUGUAAGAUUUGGGUUUUUUUGUUUUGUAUUUUGUUUAUGUUUACAUCUUGUAUUUCCCAGAAAACUAAAUAAAGUUUUUGGCCUUUUUAACUGAA